AUGCUGAAGCUCGCGCUCGUCCUCGCGUGCUGCGCCGGCGCGCGCAAGCACCACGACGGCGGCGCGCGCAACGGCAGCGCGAAGAUCCCCGGCCGCUGGAUCGGCAAGCAGCGGCCCGUGCGCACGCCGGCGCCCGUCGCCGGGCCCGUCUGGCUCGCGCCGGACGACGUCGUCGACGGCCCGCUCCUCGCGCCCCUGAACGGCUCGUUCCCGCGCGCGUUCGCCAAGGUCGGCCACCGCUUCGGCGCGCGGCCCUUCAAGGGCAACGACAAGUGGCUCCGCGUCGCGCUCCGCGAGGCGCGGCAGAACCGCAGCCGCGUGCUCAAGGUCUUCGUCCUCGGCGGGUCGCCGGCGGCGGGCGAGGGCUGCCGCGAGCCGCUGGACGGCGAAGACGACGACUUCGCGUGGCUCUACGACCCGCGGACGAGCGGCAGCGCCGCGACCUGCGCGUGGCCCGCGCGCCUCGCCCGCUACCUGUCGCGCGUGGCGAACGUCACGGCGCUCGUCUUCAACAUGGCCCACGGCGGCUCGUCGUCGGAGACGUUCCUCGCGAACGGCGAGGCCCUCUUCCGCGAGCGCCGCAAGCGGUCGGCGAUCCGGACCGCGCGGGGCGACGCGAGCCGCUGGACGCGCCGGAAGCUGCCGCCCGUCGUCGACGACGCGGACCUCGUGCUCCUCGCCUUCCUCGCGAACGACUUCGCGUUGGGCUGCGGGGACACCAACUGCUUCGGCGAGCGGUCGCAGAAGGGCCUCGUCGACUUCUUCCGGCGCGCGCGGUCCCCGGGGCCCACCGUCGCGCUCGUCGACGCGGCGCUCCAGCGCGACGCGGUCCGGGACAACUUGACGGCCGCGGACUACAAGGCGCGGCACCGCGCCUUCGCCAAGGCCGUCGGCGCGCCGUUGAUCGACGCCGUCUACGCCACGGGCGGACGCUACCCGGACGCCCACGAGGACGCGCUCGCCGACGCCUUCGCGCUCCACCUCGCGCCGGCCGCGCGGUCGAUCCUCGACGACGCGCUCCGGCGCUGGGCGGGCUUCGGCCACUACCAGGGCAGCAAAAGAGAGCGAAAUUCCCAACUUCAAAGGCUCAUAUCUCGGCCAUUUUCCACUCGCCACUACGCGGCCGCGUACCACGAGUGGAUGGCGGCCUGCGUGUUUUACGCUCUGAUCGCGCCGGCGCUCGACGACGACGACGAACCCGGCGGCGACGACGACGACGCGCCGGCGGCGGCGUGCGACGAAGCCGGCGAGGCGCUCGCGCUCUGCCACCUCGCCGAGGGCGCGGCGACGGCGCUCGACUUCGACGUCGAUCGAGGGGAGGCGGCGACGGAGCGGUGGCGCUACGGCGAGGACGUUCCGGGCAAGCCGGGCUGGGUGAGCUGCAACGGCGCGCACGAGAUCGCCUUCGACGUCGUCUGCGAGCGGGGCGACCUCGUCGUCGGCUUCCUCGAGUCCUACGACCCGCGCAUGGGCGCGGCCAACGUCACCGCGGCCCAGGCCGGCGUCGCCGUCUCCAGGGUCGUCGACGGCAAGGACCUCGGCGGCUCGCGCGCGUCGAUCUUCGCCAUGCGCGCGCUCACGGGGCUGGCGCCCGGCGCCGCGCGCGUGACCGUGCGCGUCCUGCCGCGGAAGCGCCUCCCCGACGGCGAACCCCGGGGCUGCGCGUCCUUCCUCGCGACGACGCCCACGGGCGGCAUGUGCUGCCUCCGGGACAAGUUCAAGCUCCUGAGCCUCGCGUGCACGUAA